UCGUCAUUCCUUUCAUUACCACCCACAGGCACGAGCUUACGUUACAGUAACGUGCUCGCAUCGUGACCGGAGCUCAUAUAUGCGCUGUUACUUCGCCGACACUCGCCUUUCUCUGGCAGCCACACCCUCCCAUCUUCAUCUCCAUCUCUCACGCGUGCAGCUGUGACCGUCGGGCGGUGCGUGCGUCUCCGUGUCGGGCACCCGCAGCAUCAGCAACACAAAAGGGUCGGAGCUGGAGCUGGGUUUACCUCAGCGCGGAUCGGAAGGAGGGGAUCGCGUUUCCGAGCAAAGCCAAGGUGGGCAGUGAUCAUAGCAACGGACACCAUGGAAACUAAGCAUGACAUGGUCCUAGAGGUAACCGAAUCCAAAGGCCCAGAGAGAAGGCGACAGGGCAAGUUCCAGCCGUUCAGACGACUGUUUGGGAAGAAGAAGAAAAGACAGGCGAGAGAGGGCUUUGAUGGAGCAGAGCUAAAAACCAGUUUUUCCACAGGGGAAGUGUGCAAUGGUGUUACAUCUGAUGAGGAGUCCGAUCAAAAUCUGAGGGAGUUGAAUCCCAUUGGAUCUCGAGCUCUCUCACACGACAGCAUCUUCAUUCCAGAGGAACCGGUGAAGGAGGCUGGUCUGGAUCACAGCAUGUCCCAGGAAAACGUGUCGGAUAAAGUUAGGAAUCUGCAGAGGCAGAUAGCACAAGGUAUAAAGUUUGGCCAAAGGCCUCCUUCUCUGAGAAGAAGUGAGGGAGAUGAGGGCAGCUCAGAUGAGGAAGAGGUUCCGCGUAGCCCUCUGAAAGUUUUGGCCCAGGUAGAAGCGGAGCCACCAGGAACAGAGCCAAAGCAGGUGCAGGGAGGUCAGCCAUUUGGACCACACAGCCCCCCUGUGAAGUCUCCAAGGUCCAAACGAGUUCUUCCACUCACUGGCACGAUUGAGUCCAUCAACCUUGAUGCCGUCCCUCAAUCAGUUCCUCGCUUAGACAACGCUGCCGCCAAACAUAAACUCUCCGUCAAGCCGAAAAACCAGAGGAUUUCCCGCAAGCACAGACGAUUCACACAGGACCUCCAAGAGGUAUCCAUUCCUGGUUUGGUCCAAGAUGACCUCGAAGCAGCUGGCAUCUCCACAGACGACCAGCGUAGAGCGUCUGUUGAGUCCCCUGAAAGCUUCAAGAAACAAAGACUCCAUGAGGAGGAAAGACAGGAGGCGAGGAGGAUGAGAGAGCUUGAGGAGCUGAGGUUCAGACAGGAGGAAGAAGAGAGGAAGAGGAGAGCAGAGGAGCUGAGGCUGCGUGAACUGGAGGAGGAGAGAUAUCGUAUGCAACAGCAGGAAGAGGAGGCAAGGAGGCUGCGCGAGGAGGCAGACAAAAAGAGAAUGGAGGAGGAGGAAAGGAGGAUCAGAGAGGAAGAGGAAGCAAGGAGACUGCUAGAGGAGGCAGAGAAAAAGAGAAUAGAGGAGGAGGAGGAAAGGAGGAUCAGAGAAGAAGAGGAGGCAAGGAGGCUGCUAAAGGAGGCAGAAAGAAGGAGAAUGGAGGAGGAAAGGAGGAUCAGAGAGGAGGAGGAACGGAGGUUCAGAGAAGAAGAGGAAAGGAGGAUCAGGGAGGAGGAGGAAAAGAGGAUCAGAGAGGAGGAGGAAAGAAGGCAAGAGGAAGAGCGCAUGAGAAGGCUGGAGGAGGAAAGGAGGAUGCGAGAAGAGGAGGAGCGUCGGCAGAGGGAAGAAGAGGAAGAAAGGAGACGACUAGAAGAACAAUGGAGAAAAGAGGAAGAGGACAGGAAGAGGCAAGAGAAGGAGGAAAGGAGGAAACAUGAGGAAGAGGCAAGGAGGCAGCAGGAGCUUGAGGCUGAGAGGAGGAGGAAGCUGGUAGAAGAAGAGGAAAGAAAGAAAGAGGAGGAAGCAGAGAAACUGAGGUUGUGGGAAAUGGAAGAAAAGAAGAAAAAGGUAGCAGAGGAGAAGAGGAAAAAGGAGGAAGAGGAGCAAAGAAGGAUGUCAUUGGAGGAGGCUGAUGGGAAGUUUGAUCCACAAGAGAUGAAGAGAAGAGCUGAAGAGCUACGCUGGAGGGAGAUGGAGGAGAGACAGAGGCCAUUUACUUUUAAAGUGUCCUCUGGUGAGAAACAGAUUCUCUUCCAGAAGGUCAAUCUGACGCCUGUUACGCCGGCCUCCAGCCACCAGAGCGCUGCUGUCGCUUAUCAAAGAGAUGGAGCAAAGGCUUCCUCCUCUGAAGGACCAGACUCCCCCAACCUGCCAGCAUCUCCAUAUGUCCCCCAUACAGCUAUCCUAGUGACAGGCGCCCAGCUAUGUGGGACAGCUGUCAAUUUAGACCAGAUCAAAGACACCGCCUGCAAGUCCCUGCUGGGUUUGGGAGAGGAUAGAAAGGCCCAAGGAACACCGCCAACAAAGAGCAAGACUUCCCCAGAAUGCAAGUCUGGAAAAACCAAAUCACUCAAUGAGUCUGUGCUCUCUACCGAUCAGUCCAGUGCAGCUGUCCUGGCAGAAUGGGCAAGCAUCAGAUCAAAGAUAUUCAAGGGGGUAGAAGAGGGGAAGUACGACGAGUACCCAGAGCCGAGCAGGAGCCAGUCUCAGUCCAGCGCUGAAGAACAGCCUCUGUUUGCCCACACGAACCUCAGGAAGACCAUGUCUGCUAGCGCCAAGUUCUCCAUCACCCCUGCAAGGAAGAAGUUUGGAGAUUCAAAUAGGAACUCUGAGGUGUUUGGUGCAGAAGAUAAGGAAGCAGGAGAGGAGGUUGCUCCACCUGGAAGCCCCACUGUAGCCUCUCCUUCUCCAUCAAGUAAACCUCAGAACAGGACAAGUAAAAGUGUCCGCAUCAUAGAAAGAGGGUCAGAUGAGUGUAUGUUUGCCAAAGACCUUCCUUCUUUCCUCGUUCCCAGUUCUGAAAUUCAAUCUGAAGAGGCAGAGUCGAAGAGCAGGGUUCAGAGUGAAACAGAGACAUCUGAAAGCAGAGUGGAGGGAGAGGAGCAGGGCCAGGACAGUGAGGAGAAGCCUUCUCCUUUUGGCAUAAAGCUGAGGAGGACCAACUACUCUCUGCGUUUUCACAGCGAGCAGUCCACAGAGAAAAAGAAGAAGCGCUACAGUGCUGGGGACAGCUUUGAUGGCGUCCCCUCGCCUCUUACCCCCAUUGAGCCAGACUCUGAUGCCUCUUCUGUCUUUUCUGACAAAUCAAGCCCCACGUCACCUCAGAAAGAAGGCGCGGUCAGCAAGUAUUUACAUGCAUCUGCCUCUCCUGCAUUCCCCCGGGGUAAACUGACUAAGUCUACCAGCCCGACUCCACACAGUGAGGGUGAGAAAGUGUUUUCCAAGCCACCGCUCUACCGCAGACCAGUGACAUCACCUAAGCCUACAGGUGCAGCCCCAUCACCUCCCCCAUCACCACUACCUAAGGUAGCUCAUGAGUCUCCCAGUGAUGAUUCAGUGGAGAGUACAAUGGGUGUGGAUUCAUCCAUCCAGGAGCAAGCCGGAAGGAGUGAGGAACCUUCAGCCCUGCUGCACAAGAGCAGCCAAAGUCAUGUCCAAGGGGAAGAAGAGCCCAAGGAGAAGAGGUCAUUCUUCCCCUCCAUUAACAUACCCUGGAGGGAAAAGGCAGACAGAAAGACAGAACUCAUCAGGAAAGAAAAACCAUCCCUACAGAGCAGGCACUCACUGGACAGUGCGAGGGUCCAGGAGAAGGAGGCUGGACCUUUGUGGAUCACACUGGCUCUUCAGAAGCAGAAAGGCUUCAGGGAGCAGCAGCAGAACCGGGAGGAGCGUCGUAGCCAAAGAGAGGCCAAGCUGGCAGAAAAACAAGCUAAAGAGCGAGACAGUAUUACACUGGUGAGCCCCACAGACAGCAAAGGAAGUGGAAGCACCAGUCCUUCUUCUAAACCUCAGACGCCAGAGGAGCCCAAGAGACCAGAGAGCCUCCUGGGAAAAUUUGAACGCCGGGAGCACCUAAAGAAGGCCAACACUCUACCGAGCUCUGUCACUGUUGAGAUUGCAGACUCUACACCGUCGCCACCUGCUGUCAAAGAGGUGUCAAAGCGCUUCCCCUCCAGUGACUCUCCGCAGGUUUCCACAGAGCCGGCCUGGCUUGCUCUGGCCAAACGAAAGGCCAAAGCCUGGAGCGACUGUCCUCAGAUCAUCAAAUAACACCUCAAACCACCAGCUACACACGACACUCCGGCCUGCAUCAAGAGUGUACACUGCCUACAGACUCUGAAACACUUGGAGUGUCACCAUUAACUGUCCCCCCCCUCUGAGAACUCCACCUCUCACUUCUCACAAUGAAAACUCUUCCCGACUGUGAAACCAGUAAAGCUCUCCAUCUCCUCCUAACCCCCCCACAUACACUGGCUGGUACUAUUAUCAUGUUAAAGUGCGCUUCACAUUCACUUAAUCCAAUACAGCCACACAGAUAUAAACAAUUGAUGCGAGCAUGCACAUACUGUAUAAAAACAUAAAUUAUAUGUCUCUUAAACUCCUGCAGCCAAUCGCAACCAUGGUUGGCCACUGCAAUAGCCAACCUUUUUCUUUUUUUUUUAAUUGUGUAGCCAACUGUGUCACCAUGGUUGUAAAUAAAUCAUUUGCUCAACACAAUAUAACACUUCUUUAUUAUAGAGGUGAAGCUCUGAUCUAUGACAGUGUUUAAUCAACAGAGGGUAACUGUCUGAAUCAUGUUUUAAGGGCUACCAGUUUAAACUCAGCACGAACCUGCUUCUGGAAGUGUUACAGGCAUCCCCUCUGUCCUUCUUGGCGUUAUUUAUGUAAAGCAGCAGCUCUCCCUCUCCUGUGUCUUUUCUCUGAGCCUUGUUUUUCAUCUACAAGAGAUGCCUUUUUUUUAUCAACACAUACUGGAAAAUCUUAGCUUAACAAUUCUCACUGUGCCCGUGACGACUGUGAUAGCUGUCCAAGGAGCUAUUGUACAAUUUUGCCAUGAUUUAAAAAGAAAAGAAACAUGGUGGGUGCACCUAAACACAGCACUGAAGACCACAAGUGUUACUGGGCAUUUAUGGUGAACCUGCACCUCAUCCUCACAGCUGUGUGCCGAUGUAAUUUGGAUUUUUUAUUUUUAGGCUUUGCUUAUUGGAGACAGAUGUGACACCUCCUAGCUGUAGACCUACGACUCUUAUAGCUGUCCUCCUGUAACACGCUCGUCUUAGUAGGCUUGCGCCAUCACUUUCUCUUAAAUGUGAUAUGAUCCUACAUAAUGUAAACAUUUCCUCUAUGAAGAAAAAAAAAAAACUUGAUUCUUAUUUCCUGCCACUCACUUAAUGAUCUGUAUCUAUGUAAGUAUGUACUGUAUGUAAGUGAAAGGCAUUGCCGGAGGUUCGGUCAAAAAGAGGGCCCUAAAAGAGGUGGACUCACUGUCAUUUUGUUUCUAACUUUGGUCGUGCACAAUAGUGUAGUGUACGCAGUGUUGUAUGUAACAAAAAAUGUUUGGUAUUAUUUGCACUUUUUUGUCCCACUUACAGAUAUGAAAAAAAAGAUACAAAAUGUUAUGAAUAAUGUAAAUUAAAUACUGAUGUCUGAACCACAGAA